AUGCAAACCCAAGAAAGGUCUUCGAACUGCCGAGGCCUGGCUUUUGAGAUCAAACCUCAUGCAGAUCCCUUUGCCAUCAAAAUACCUUGGCUUGGCUCUCCCAAAGAGUUCCCUUCUUUUAUUCAGAGGUCUAUAAGCAAAAGCAGCAGCCACUUUUGUGAUCUUGACCUGGACGAUGAAGAUCAUGUAGAUAUUGGUUUGGAGGUUGUGGAACAAGGGAACAACGUAGAGAAACAGAUCAAGCAAACCCCACUUCCACUUUUGACUGCUAGCAUACAUGAACAAGCAUCAAAGCCAUCUCGAAAGAAAAAUUCGUGGCUGUCAGUUAUACUGCUCGACGAAGGGUUUUUCAGAGUGUACAAGGGACUCUUUUCAAUUUGCUUGAUUCUAAACAUUACUGGCUUGGUUCUUGCAACCACGGGGCAUUUCUCGCAUGGGAAGAAUAUAACUGCCCUUUUCUCCAUUGCCAAUAUACUUGCUUUGACACAGUGUAGGAGCGAGGCCUUCUUGCGUGUUGUUUUUUGGCUCGCGGUCAAGUUCUUGGGAAGGUCAUGGGUGCCUCUCUUUAUUAAGACAGCCACAACAUCCCUUCUCCAAAGUCUCGGAGGUAUUCAUAGUAGCUGUGGUGUCUCUUCAAUUGCAUGGCUGAUGUAUGCCUUAGUCCUUACCCUCAAAGAUGGAGACAACAGUUCACCUGAGAUCAUAGGUGUAGCCUCCACCAUUCUUGGCCUUCUUUGCCUCUCUUCAUUGGUCUGGGUCUUUAUUAUUCUUACAAUCUCUUAUGAUCCAAAAACCAAAUCCCACAAGAAAGACAUUAGUUCCAGCUUGAUCAAACGGCAAGAGUUUUGGUUCACCGUGUCCAUCACUUUCUUAAUCAUCUUGCCAUGGAUGACAGUGAGACGUGUCCCCAUUAAGGUCUUUGCUCCUUCAGGCCACGCCGCAAUUGUCAAGUUUGAUGGCGGAGUAAAAGCUGGUAUAUCGGGUAGGAUUAGUCCAUCCCCUUUAUCGGAAUGGCACGCAUUUGGCAUAAUUUCUGAUGGGAAGAAAGAGCACAUGAUAUUAGCUGGUGCUGUUGGUGAUUUCACAAAGUCCUUGGUGUCAAAUCCACCAAGCCAUUUUUGGGUUCGAAAAGUGCACUUUGUGGGCUUGCCUUAUCUUGUUAAUAUGUAUGAUAGGGUUUUGUUGGUGUCAACAGGUUCAGGAAUUUGUGUGUUUCUAUCAUUCCUUUUGCAGCCAUGUUCUGUUGAUGUGCGUGGGUGGCCAAAAGACAAGGUGAUUGUCCAUGAUACUGCUGUGUUUGGUCGUCCCAAUUUGUCUCAACUGAGCAUUGAUGCUGCUAGAAAUUGGAGCACUAAAGUUGUUAUUGUUACCAGAAAUCCAGAGGGAAGCAGAGAUGUUGUCAACGCAUGCAAGGCAGCUGGAAUUUCUGCCUUUGGUCCAAUAUGGGACUCGUAA